AUGGUAUCUUUAUCUGGAAAGAAAAGUAAAAGUGCGAAAAGUGUUGUGAAAAUCGAGAAAAAUUGGGAACCCGAUGUCUCCAUACCGCCGAUUAUCAGCGAAAAUCCCGACGAAGAAGGUGGCGACGAGCCGGAUGACAACAGUAACGAUACCAACCAAACGAAGGAUAUUGUAGCACAGCUGUGCAAACAACAAGCGAUACCGAGUGAUUUAGAAUUGCAACUUCAAGAGUACUUCAAGGACCGGCCGAAAGUGAAACCAUUACCACCAUUGGAAUCGAGCACGGUAGACAUCGAUCUAGCAGAUUCGGAAGAAGAAACAUGGAUUAUCCAAGUACCCGGCACCGUUAACGUUGAAGCCGACCUGAUUGCGAAGAAAAUUAAUCUUGCCGUAGCCCGUUCGGCGAUCAAAAACUGUUCCGUUCCACUUGAAUCUCAUGUGCAGAUCAAUGGCGAGGAGCGUGUGAUAGGAUUGCUGGCUGGAUCGCGCGUAAAAUCGUUCGUACCGACCGGAUUUGUUCGCAUUAAUCAGGCGCUUCCAGAACUUGACGUGCCGGACGUAGCCGCAAAGACGAGCAAUCCUAACCACAUUACCGUACCGUACCCGGAAGAGCUUCGCGACCGCCAUCCCCUGCUUGGAUAUGAUUCUAACGAGCAUAUGAAACUACCGAAGCGUGUGCGAAAGCAACUAUCGUUUGCUCAGCAGAAAGCUACCCUGAUGUACCAAACCGUUCAGAAAGCACCGAAAGAAAACGCCAAAACGGUCGGAAAGACAUUGGCAAACCUUGCACCCGCAACGAGUGAGCAGCGAUCCGUGCUAGUAAAAAAGGAACCCGUAGCUGAAUCUGCAUCAAAAAUUAAAAAACAAAAACGUCCUUUCGAGGAACUGGAACAAGAGGAGGUAACAUCGAUGGUAACGGUAAAGCAGGAACCUUUGUCACCGAAGCGGAAGAAGAGCAAAAAAGCCAAAAUCGACGAAGAUGACGUUGCUCAAACUGUAAGCGUUAAAAAGGAAGUAUCGGUGGAGGAUGAUAUAUCCUGGCUGCUUAACAUCUAG